AGUUCAGAGAGAACUGUCAUCAUGCAGAGUUAGCGAGCUGACAUCAGCAGCUGUUAUCAUAUCAAGUUUGACCUAAAUACCAGACAUUUUAUUCCAACAACUGAUGUCUCUUACAAGUUACUGAGCAUGAAAUGUCAGCACGAAGGAGACGAGUUACUGGAGACCUAGAGGAUGCUCCAUUGACAUCAUAUACCGAUCAACGUAAAUUUGGUAGCACAUUUUACGGCCAGGUAUCAGGAAAUGGGAAGCCAGAGAACUGGCAAAUAGACAGUGACAAUAAAGAGAAUUCAAAUUCAAAUUAUAAUUAUAUUCCAAUCAUGACGUCCCGCGACAGGAGCAAUGAGUUCGCCAAUGCCAUCAAGACGAUGCAGGGCAGAACUAUGAUGAGAACGUCUGCCAGGAGUCCGUCUCAGGGCAGACAUUUCCAGAGCUACUCCCAGUUUAUGAUGAUUGCCAAAAAUAUUGGAAAAAACAUCGCCAGCACUUAUGCCAAACUAGAGAAACUCGCAAUACUGGCAAAGAAAAAAUCGAUUUUCGAUGACAGACAAUUGGAAAUAGACGAGCUGACAAAUAUCAUCAAGACAGACUUGAGUAGUCUGAAUAAACAAAUAGGACAGCUGCAGGAACUGAGCAAGCAACAGAGAGAAUCAUCAUCUAGGAGUCAUCACAUAGCCUCCCAUUCUUCAUCAGUGGUCGUUACACUCCAGUCAAAGCUUGCUAAUAUGUCUAAUCACUUUAAGAAUGUACUUGAAGUAAGAUCUGAAAAUAUGAGAGAAGAGCAAAAUAGAAGACAGCAAUUUACCCAAGGGCGUGUAAAUACAAAGUUACCAUUAACUGGUGGACAGCAGAGCUCACUGCUCCUUGAAGAACAGGAUAAUAGAAGCAAUACUGUCAGUCUAAAUAUUGAACCUAUGGGUCAAAUGGUGAUGCAACAAGCAAUGAGAGAUGAUACGGAUUCCUAUGUGAUGUCUAGAGCAGAAACUAUGCAGAACAUUGAGUCUACGAUCGUUGAACUCGGUGGAAUAUUUCAGCAACUGGCUCACAUGGUCAAAGAACAGGAAGAGAUGGUCGAGAGGAUAGACACCAACAUCGAAGACACGGAAUUAAAUGUUGAGGCUGCUCACACCGAGAUCCUCAAAUACUUUCAAUCAGUCACCAACAAUCGGUGGUUAAUGAUUAAGAUAUUCGCAGUGCUUGUAUUUUUCUUUAUAUUUUUCGUUAUUUUCUUGGCAUAGUUAUUGUUUUUUAUUUUUUUGCAAGCACUGCCACUAGAUAAAUUAAAAAAUUAUUAAAAAUAUCGUUAAAGAUUUUCGAUUUUUAAAUGUAAAUUAAUUAAUUAAUUAUAAUUCAUAUAAAUAUUGUAUAAAUAUACAUUUAUUGCAUUCCUUAUACCAAGAAAAAUUUUUCUAAAAUACAUAAUUACAAAAUUGAA